AUGGCCCGGUGGUUCACGCCCUACGCCGAGGAGGAAAAGGCAAAGGUAGUGGCAGAGGUCCAUCGCCUUGUCACAUCCCGCCCGCUGGCCAUGAGCAACUUUCUCGAGUGGACCAACUACCGCAUCAUCUACAACGCAUACGCCUCGCUGUACUUUGUCGCAUGCGUUGACCUCAUUCACUUCUUUGUCGAGGCCCUGGAUGCCUUUUUCGGCAACGUCUGCGAGCUCGACCUCGUCUACAACUUCUGGAAGUGCUACGCAGUCCUCGACGAGAUCGUACUUGCCGGCGAGAUCAUGGAGACGUCCAAGGAGACCGUCCUCUCACGUCUCGCCAUCCUCGAGUCACUCGACUGA